AUGGCACCUCCUCACCACGGGCUCAGGUCCACAAUCGUCUGGAAGUUCGGCGAGGGAACCGGCCUCAAAUUUACCAGACCAGCCCAGACGAUUGGGACCGCCAAGCACUCAGUCAAGUUUUCAGAAAUCCGCCAACUGAAGCUCUAUAAUGCACCCAUUAACGUUAGCGAGCAGUGUCUCCCGCCCGCUAACGUGAUCCUCUCCAGCGAGCUAGCAUAUCGAGUCCUUCGCUGUGCUCUCGCAACAAGCUGUUUCUCGAUGCGUCAAUUGCACCAAUAUUGGCCUGCAAACUUUACAUCGAAGGGCGCGCCGUGCGAGUAUAUUCCCCCCAUGGGAAGGCCCGCCAUCGUUGAAAUGGAAGAUGGAACGUGUGCCUUCGCUACCUAUAAUGGGUACACCUUUUGUGGGGCAUUCGGUUUCAACCAGCUCGUCGCGCAAGCCGGCGGCUCAGAAACCAAUGCCGUUACCCUCCGAGGAUGGUUCGAACCAGAAGACCGCCACGCCGGAUUGGGCUCUACCACCAGGUUCGAACCCGAACAGUUCGCCCGCCGUGAUCCCAGCAAUCAUGGCACACCGGAUCCCGAACGGAUGUCUCAAUCGGACCGCUGGCACCCCGCUCUAAAGCGAGUCUUAAAGGACUACAACGACGGCCGCCUCCCAUUCCGACCCGGUAUCCCCUCACCUACGCACCCCGACCUUCAACCCUAUGGCGACUCAGUCUUCUCCAACCUGAGACAGGCAAAGAGGAUCGGAACCAACGUUUCCUGGGCUCGUACCAUGGUCGAUCCUCUUGAUCCGAUCACCAUGGCCGAGAUUCCGGACGUCUUGGAAAGGUCCGCCGUCAAGGCGAAGACCCAGCCGCACAAGCUGGAUCCCCGUACGCUAGCGGCACUGGCGGAAAUCCUAGGCACUAUUGUGCUUGGCCCCGGCUGCCUCAAGGGGCACGUCGUCAUAGUGGUGGGCACUCUGGAUAUAUUCCAGAGACACGUCGAGCUCGGAACCUGGCUACAGGAACAUGGGGCCAUCGUUGAAUUGCAGCUAUCUGCUAGGACGACAACGGUCUUAAAGGGCAAGGUUGAACCGGACAAUAAGCUCAUUAAGGAUAUAUUGGCUCAGAGACGCAAAGGCCAGAUAAUCGAGAUCUUCUCGGAGAGAGAUUUUUUCGACACUCUCAAAGAACUGAACGCGCCAGAUGCCGACCAAGAGUCGGCACCAGAUACCCCAACUCCUGGCCCGAGCCGCCUCCCGCCGGUGGGGCCUUCAACGCCGACGCCGCUCCCCAAAGCCGUCCACAAGGGCAAGACCAACGCGACUCAGGUCGCGAUCGCAGCAACCCCGUCCACCCCAAGGCCCAGUUUGCCUGAAAAGGGCUACGCGUUGGGGAGAAUCGCCUUGCAAUUUACGACCCACGCCACGCACGGCGCGGAAUUGGUUACGUUUAAUACGUACCAAAAGUUACACGGCAAAAGGGAGAAGACGAAUGAGGCACUAGUUGCUCUUUCGGAGACGAUUGACGGCGUAUCUGACACUAACACUCAACAGCUCCUUAGACGCGCACUAGCGAAUCUGGAUACGCGCCUCCAAUCUGAAUCCAGGACGUUGCAGGAACAGGCGGAGAAGCACUCUAACAAUCACGAUAUAGCCAUCUCCAACCUAUUCAGAUCCUUACAGGAGCUUAUUGGGGACGAUUUACCGGAGGAAAUCCGGUCGUACGCUAUGAGGACCGGUGCCAACCGCGUGGAGACGCAUGGCGAACUCAAACCCCUUCAGUUCCCGGGUGGAUGGUACACCCACCCAAACGAAGACCAAAUGGCGGCGUUCAGAGCGGACGUAGCGGGAGGAACUACUACUAACCUUGAAUACCACGUCCCUCCAAAGCCGCCAACUCCCAAGAAGCGGUUUGCAGCAGAAGAACUUACCUCGCCGUAG